ACGGAGAAUAACCGGAAACAUUAGGGGUAUUUAGGGCAGACAAUGGAGUCUCUUUUAUGUUUGGUUCUUCUCCUUUGGUUAGGGAAUGUCGGGGAGUCACUGUACUUUCACAUUUCAGAGACCGAGCACAAGUGUUUUAUAGAAGAGGUGCCGGGAGAAACCAUGAUUGUUGGAAAGUACAAAAUUCAACUAUUUGAUGCGAACAGACAAGAAUGGCUGCCGACAAGUCCAGGGAUAGGGAUGCAUGUUGACGUUAAGAACCCUGGUGGUAAAGUCGUUCUCUCUAGAUUAUACUCCAACGAAGGUCGAUUCACUUUCACCACGACCGACUCUGGGGAACAUACCAUUUGCAUAAGCACCAACAGCACUCGCUGGUUCGGCGGACAGAGCCUGAGAGUGCACCUUACCAUUAAUGUUGGUGACCAUGCAGUGGAUUAUGCCCAAGUCGCUGCCAAAGAGAAGUUGACCGAGUUACAAUUGCGCAUAAGACAACUCCUUGAUCAGGUUGAGCAGAUCAGUAAAGAGCAAGCUUAUCAGAGGGUACGCGAGGAACACUUUAGGGAGAUCAGUGACAGUACUAACGCACGGGUGCUGUGGUGGUCAUUUGGUCAGAGUAUCGUACUAAUUGUCAUGGGACUUUGGCAAAUGAGACAUCUUAAAGGAUUCUUCGAGGCAAAGAAACUCGUGUAAUAGAAAUAAUAAUAAUAAUAAUUAGUAAUAAUAAUAAUAAAACUAUAAAUAAAACUAAGCUGUACGAAGAAGUUGUUUCACACAUUAUUUCUUUCAUUUCUUUUAUAAUAAUAAUAAUAAUAAUAAUAA